AUGAGCGCACCACAGCCAAACGAAGCCGAGAAGAACAUUGAGAUAUGGAAGGUGAAAAAGCUCAUUAAGAGGCUCGAGGCCGCUAGAGGAAAUGGAACCUCCAUGAUUUCCUUGAUUAUCCCCCCAAAGGACCAGGUUUCGCGCGCCGCAAAGAUGUUGGCUGAAGAAUACGGUACGGCUUCUAAUAUUAAAUCUCGAGUCAAUCGUUUGUCAGUCCUGUCAGCCAUUACGUCUACUCAACAGCGUCUCAAACUAUACACCAAAGUCCCUCCAAAUGGCCUAGUCAUCUAUUGUGGUGAAAUCAUAACUUCGGAAGGAAAGGAGAGAAAGCUCAAUAUCGAUUUUGAACCAUUCAAACCGAUCAACACUUCUUUGUACCUUUGCGACAACAAAUUCCACACAGAGGCCUUGAGCGAGCUGCUAGAGUCGGAUCAGAGAUUUGGGUUUAUUGUUAUGGAUGGAAACGGUGCAUUGUUUGGAACACUGAGUGGGAAUACUCGAGACAUCAUUCAGAAGUUCUCGGUCGAUCUGCCCAAGAAGCACGGCCGUGGAGGUCAAUCUGCCCUCCGUUUCUCUCGUCUCCGAGAUGAGAAACGCCACAAUUAUGUCCGUAAAGUUGCUGAAGUAGCCGUACAAAACUUCAUCACAAACGACAAGGUCAACGUGGCAGGUCUCGUUCUUGCUGGUUCAGCUGAUUUUAAGAACGACCUCAAUCAAUCCGAUAUGUUCGAUGGCCGAUUGCAAACCAAAGUCAUCAAGGUUGUCGACGUAUCCUAUGGCGGUGAGAACGGUUUCAAUCAAGCCAUCGAAUUAGCUUCGGAAACCCUGGGUAAUGUUAAGUUUAUCCAAGAGAAGAAAUUAAUCGGCAAGUACUUCGAGGAGAUCAGUCAAGACAGUGGCAAAGUCUGCUACGGUAUUGAGGAUACUCUCAAAGCUUUAGAACUUGGUGCUGCAGAGACACUUAUUGUCUACGAAAAUCUUGACUAUACACGCUGGGUUCUCAAAGCGUCCACUGGCGAAGAGGUCAUUCUUCACACUACUAAGGCCCAGGAGUCAAAUCGAGAGCUUUUCAUGGAUAAGGAAACAGGCCAGGAAAUGGAAAUCAGUGAACAAGGCUCAUUCUUGGAGUGGCUUGCUGAGAAGUAUAAGGAUUUCGGGGCGACCUUGGAGUUCGUUUCAGAUCGUUCCAGUGAAGGCAACCAAUUCGUCAAAGGCUUCGGAGGCAUCGGAGCCAUUCUUCGCUACAAAGUGAACUUCGAACAGCUUGCUGAUUUUGAUGACGAAGACGAGUUUUAUGACGGUAUGGCUCUUGUUCCAUGCGUCAUGCAUCAUGACGAGUUAUUUGUACUAACAUGUCCAUCAGAUUGA